CCCCACAAGCAGUGGUAUAAUUAAAGCAGUGCGUGCCGUUGAAACAGUCUGCUUUGAGAAUAAGGGUCUAGAUAAGCAAGCAAGUAAAUACUCUGUGUGCCCAACAUCAUUUUAAACAGUCUGAUUUGCUCUUUGAUUCUGUUCACAAUGGCACAGGUCAACAGAUGUCUGAAACAGCUGUUCUUUGGAUUCAACAUGUUGUUAGGGAUUGCAGGGUGUGUCCUAUUGGUUUUGGGAAUGAUCGCAGCACCACAUAAUACAGAGCAUGACCAAGGAGAGUCAAUUGGCUUGACAUGGAUUAUAUCGACUGCAGUUGUUUCUGUGCUGCUCUCUUUACUUGGAGCAUAUGGUGCAUACCAAGAGAACGUUGUGAUACUGAGAUUGUUCCUUGGAAUAAUAGGCUUUGGAUCAAUCCUUUUUCUUAUUUUGGGAUUUAAAGUGGCUCGUUCAAUGCCUGAGGCCAUGCAAAUGAUUAAAGAAAACCUCCCUGCAAUUACAUCAGAAAUGAUGGCUGAUGCAGAGCAGCGACAAACUAUCAUGGCUCUACAAGUACAAGGUAAGUGUUGUGGAAUAAUGAGUUACAGAGACUGGGAUAGCAAUAUUCCAGAGACCUGUCAAUGUUCUAGUUUCAAGUCAGACCCAUCCAAAUGUAUGGAGGUUCAAAUGACUAAAGAUGGCGGCAACUGGGGAAGAUCUGACAAAUCUGAAAUGAUGUGGAUCUACAGAGAGCCCUGUGGUCCUCUCAUCUUGGAGAACUUCGACUCAGCUUUUAAGACCGUACUUGGAUUCUUCCUUGGAUUCGGUUUGUAUGCUUGUAUUGGGCAAGUGUUAUCCGGUGUGAUGAUUCGUCAGGUCAAGAAGGUGCAGUCUACUGACGUCCCUGAGACUAUAGAAGAUGGACAUCGUUUCACACCGCAAUUCCAAGCAAAUCGCCAUGUGGAGGGAGUUGAACCAACAACCUUCUACCCAUAACCAGGGAUGAGGUCAGGGUUUCAGGGUUUUUGGCAUCCUGGCAAGCGGCGAGGAGUAGAAGGUGCUUGAACAACGUGAGAUGAGGUGCAACCAGAUAAAGAAUAUGAGCGUUAGGGAACGAAAAGGCACAACUCACUGCUCACAGUUACAAAUGAUGUCGUUUUGGAGUCACUGUUAUUGUAAAUCAAAUAUGUUUUAAUGAAUAAUCCUGAAUGAAUCGUGAGUAAGGAUGAGUGAGAAACUUACAGAGGCGCUAAUAUCACAACUCACAGUUAUAAACAUGACGCUUCGUUUAUCUCAUUUGUGUAUAACAUUAUUUAUAUAUUUUUAAAUCAUAAUAAAGUUUAGUCCAUA